AUGGCUCUUGCGUUGACGCUUGCAAUUUUGAUAGCUGCGCGCAUCGAAGCUGAGUUCUGGUCAACGAUACUUGAAGGCGUAAGUUCCAGUCGUUUGUUCUUACCUGUUGUUACGCUCUUUUCCGUAUUGACUGCGACGUUUUUCAAAGUCAAAGAUGCUGUCGUAAAUGCCGGAAACUUUACGGGACAGUGCUUAUUAUAUGUAUUCUUUGCGAGUGCCGGAGCAUCAUCGCCGCCUUUGAUUCACGCGUUCACGAAUGAUGCAAACUUGCUUUAUUUCGCGAGUACGAUGUUCGCCGUUCAUCUGCUUGCGGUUGGUGUUAUGUUCUCGUCCCCGGAGAUGCUUGUCGCGUCGAAUGCGGGUGUUGGUGGACCUGCCACGGCGGCAGCGUUUGCCAAAGCAAAGAAUUGGCGAGAGUUAGUUGCGCCGGCAAUCUUGGUUGGUAACCUGGGGAACGCGUGCGGUACUUUCAUAGCUAUUAUCUUUGCUCAACUUGUAAAUUAA